UCAUUUAACCACACCCUUUGAGCUAUGACGCAGUUUCUCUUCGGUGUAAACGGAAGUGAACAACGAACAUUUCCACGUUAACGUUUUUUUAAUUGUUGUUGUUUAACACCAUGGAACUCAAAAUAGUAUACAUUUAACCGCACUGCAUCACAUACUUAGCCCAUGUAGUCUUUAAUUCGCGUUGGAUAGAGGACUUGGUUUUAUGUAUGUUGUUAUCUAGCUAGGUAACGCUAGCUAGCGGAUAACGUUAGCUAACAAUGGCUAACUGUAUGGUUUUUCACACUCAAAUAGCAUCUAUCAUGGAGGUGCUAGCAAAUGCAGCCGUGGCAGAGAUUUGUAAACUCGUAGACGACGACUAUGCAGAGUUUCGUUUGGAAAUGUCUCAAAGCCAGAAAGAAAACAGGACAUUACGGAGGAAACUACAGCUACUUGAACUGAAGGUGUCACGGGAACGCAUACUACCCAGUCGUCCCAGCAGUGUCAAAAUCCUUGACCGAUACAGAAGCAUAGCAAGAGGUGAAGGACAUCUCACUGGAGGCCACAGGAGUGUUGUGAAGCCAACAGGACAAAAUAGAUGGAGAGAUGACCAACCAAUCACUGUUGAUGAGGGGAGUGGAACCUCAACCCAGCAUGUUAUCGUGAUAGAAUCUGCAGAUGCUGCAGGUCCUGGGGUCAAGCUGGAAAGGUCUGAAGGAGAGGAGGACCCACAACACAGCAGAGACAACCAGACUGGAGUGGCACCCCCUGUAGCCACGGAGGACCUCACCACCACCCCAGUGCAGCCCAGGAGCCGACGCAGCGUCACGGAGGUCAGUGGAACGCCGAACACCGUCCUCAAGUCAGAGACAGAUACAAAGACUUUAGCGGUGCUGGAGCAACUGGGCUGUCCUCCUCCCCCCUGCUCAGAGUAUCUACUUCACGGUAACCUGAGCCCGAGGACGGUUCUGUCCCACCGGGACUCAGGUGACGCGUUACAGACUGGAAAUGAUCCAUCCUGUUCAUAUGUUACAGAGAUGAUACCUGGUGACAUGCCUGUGGGUCUAGAUAAACAGACUAAUGCAAUGAGAGGGGACUGGAAUCAGUACAGUAGUAGUGUAUACUCUGAAGGGUGCCUAGAUAAGAAAGGGGAGGGUCUGGUCUUAGAUGAGAUGAUUGUGAAAGUGGAGGGUGACGCUCCUCUGACAUGGAAUCCAGACGAAACUCACUUAGGAGAACGACACUCACAGGGCAACACCGGUAAAUUCUUAGACUACAGGGAAAGCUUAGAGACAAAUGUAAAUGUCGCAACCCACUCGCCUUUACACAUGUUAAGGGAAUGCGACCCAGUGUCCAAGUUGAUGGGGCCUUGUGAUUCGCAUGGCCGCGUCCUUUUUGAUCAGGUAUUGAACUCAAACGACAGGGCUAGGGCCCAGGGAGGGGCCGCAAAGUCAGGCAAUAGUAAAGCGAAACGGUUCCUCUGCAUGUUCUGUAACAAAGGCUUCAGCUGCAUCCAGAAGGUGGAGAUGCACCAGAGGGUCCACACAGGGGAGAAACCCUUCAGCUGUACCCAGUGUCAUAUGCGCUUCGCUGAGGCUGGAAACCUGAAGAGGCACCAGAGGGUCCACACAGGGGAGAAACCCUUCAGCUGCCACCUUUGCCGGGUCAGUUUCUCCCACUCAUUCAACCUGAAAAGGCACCAGAGAGUCCACACAGGGGAGAACCCGGCCCCCAGUGUGAGAAGAGGUUCUCCCACCAGCACCAGCUGAAGAUGCACCUGAAGGUCCACACGGGAGAGAGGCCCUUUGCCUGUACGCACUGCUGGAAGAGGUUCUCAGAGAAGAUACCUCAGGAUACGCCAGCAGAAAAACCAUCCCACUCGAUAGCUUCUGACGUUUAGAUCAAACCCUGCAUUAAAGACAAAGUCUAAUUUUCAUUGUUGUUGGCAGAAAAUAUCCACAGAUCCAUUUUAAAUAACGAGAGUAGCAUAUUUCAAUGUUAAAUAUUGCAUCCAGACAUUGUGAUAUAAGGUACACUGAGUGUACAAAACAUUAAACACCUGCUCUUUCCAUAAGACUGACCAGGUGAAUCCAGGUGAAAGCUACGAUCCUUUAUUAAUAUCACUUGUUAAAUUCAUUUCAAAUCAGUGUAGAUGUAGAGGAGGAGACUGGUUAAAGAAGGAUUUUUAAGCCUUGAGACAAUUGAGACAUGGAUUGUGCAUGUGUGCCAUUCAGAGGGUGAACGGGCACGACAAAAGAUUUAAGUGACCUUGAACGGGGUAUGUGCCAGGUGCACCGGAUUGAGUGCGUCAAGAACUGCAACGCUGCUGGGUACGACAAAAGAAGCUCAACAGUUUUAUGCUCAACAGUUUCCUGUAUAUGGGAAGCAUUGGCGUCAACAUGGGCCAGCGUCCCUGUGGAACGCUUUCGUCACCUUUUAGACUCCAUUCCCCGACGAAUUGAGGCUGUUCUGAGGGCAAAAUGGGGGUGAUGCAACUCUAUAUUAGGAAGGUGUUCCUAAUGUUUUGUACACUAAAUGUAUAUGCCUAAAAAGUCUGUUACAUAGUGUUUUUACAGUGUAGCCUAUAUGAUGUUCAGUUUCAUUAUUCCAUUCAACUACUUAAUUUGAAUAAGUUCAUGCUGACUCAACCUGUGGUUUUCAUGGUGUAUUUAAAACUUCUUUGUUUAAUAAACAUAAUGAAAAGUC